UGAGCAACGAAUGCCAUGACGUCACACAGCGAGGAAUAAGGUAAAUAACAUGUGCGUCGGAGUACGAACUUUUUAUUGCGCUUGGCCAAAGACUGACAGACGGCGUGAUGUGUUAUGGUUUAUCUGUUUAUGAAAUUAAGUAUUGAAUUAUGCAUCUUCAAUGGCAUGGUGUCAUGUUUCUAUCUCUUCUAGCCGUUGGUUGCCUUGGGAACACGCCGGCAAAAAUCAACAAGCAGAAAACUGCAUCCACGGUUCAUACAAGUGCUGGUCAGCAGGCUAUGUUGAAGUGUUUUUAUGACGGUAUUCCUCGACCCCAGGCCAUCUGGAUGAGAGAAGGAAAGCAGUUACUCGAAUGCAAAAAUUGCGUGACACAUAUUGAUAACACCAAACAUGGCGUGACUACUUUGCGCGUAACGCCAUACCGCGAGAGUGACUACGGGGACUACAUUUGCAAAGUUCGCAAUGAAAAUGGAUUCGAUUCCGUGACGAUCACUUUGGUAGAACAACCAGCAGUAAUGAGCCAGUGCAAUAAGGAUCUUGUCCUUGGCGCCGACCCUCGGCUUCGCCUCGAAUUCCGUCCUCGUUGUGAUCCGAAUGGAGCGUAUCAUCGCGUCCAGUGUUCCAUCCACUUGGACAAGUGCUGGUGCGUAGACACUGAGACCGGACACAAGAUUGCAGAUGCCUACAAGGCCGACGGUGGCAUGCAUUGCAACGCACCUAAAGACUUUUCUAUCUCGGCGGCGGUGGUAAUUUCUAUGGCUGCCUUAUUAUUGGUGGUUGCCAUGGAUAUGGUAGCCUUUGUGUGCUGUAAAAGAGGUCUAGUUCACUCCAUCGUCAAGUACAAAGAAAAGCGUUCGGUUUACGGAAAAUGGAUUUUAGCUCACUUGAAUUUUUAUGGGAGUUUCGCUACCUGCCCGCUAGGAAUCAUGGGAGGGUAGUUCAGGGGAGGCCAAGCAAAAAAAGAAAAAUACAGUGACAGUAAAAACCCGAAGCAAGACAAAGAGACGUCUGCCUACCAUUGAAGAGGAAGAAGGCGGAGUCAGUUGCACGGACAGCGAAGAGGAAACUUUUAGAUGAUAAAAAAAGUCAAGCAAUAAAAAGCAAACCUUUAUAAUUAGGCUAUUCUGGUCUGUUUGACCUUAGUUAACGAUAUAUAACAAGACAACAAUAAAAAAUAAGUGGCAAA